UUCAAUGGCUGCUGUUUUAAACAGUUGUGCCUCCAGCAACACGACAAGACAACACGAUAUUAUUUUUAAAUCAUACGAAGGAUAUCACCACCUACCCAUAGCCCCAUUAUCCACAUCCAGCUCGUUUACAACGGCAUUGGGAAGUCAACAGUAUUUGCAGCAGUUGCAGUUGCACAACUCCACUACCAUGUAUCCCUCUCUGACAAAAUAUCACCGGUCUUCGGCACAACAGCAAAUGACUACGCCUAAUCAGCAUACGACUGCAUACGCGAAUCAUCAUGUCAAUAACGUUGUAAGCCACCAUCAGUUUAACUCGACAUCUUUGGCGUAUGGUAUGCCCGUCAGUUCGGGAUACUCUUCGCAACAUUCAACUUUACAGAAGCCCUAUUCCUCGGCCUUUGUGCAAAGAUCUUCGUCAUCGGCGGAGGCUUGUCGCAAUUACUGGGGCCAUAGUCAUCCCACUUCUUCGGCUCUGUAUCGUAAUGAUCGCCAUCAAUCGAAGCGUAAAUCUGCUGUAGAACUUUUGGCCGAAAGUAAACCUUUUUUUGUCAAGACCGAAAACAUUAUAGAACGUACGAAUUUUGGUGCCAGCACUUUGGUUUGCAGUGGCAAGAGAGGUCGUAAUGGUUCUAGCGUUGUCUUGGAUGAAGGCAAAUACAAUCCUUCGUAUGGUGAAACUACUUACACUGCCGCCGAAGCUGAGAGACGUUAUGGUACGACCACAGCACAUCGACGUUCCUCUCACAUACAUCAACAUCAUCAUCGCGGCAAUCAUGCCGCUCAACAAUGUCACACAACUUCAGCGAAUACAACCAUGUAUCAUGGUAAUUUUCGAAUGUCUUUGUCGAGUGACGGUUCCCAAGAACGCGAUAAAUUGGCCCGUUAUCGCAAGGAACAAUAUGGCGAACCUAUUGUUUUAAAUGAGACAAAAUCGGUUUCAUUUGAAGAGGAUGUGGCAUUUCGCAUUCCUCCGCCUUUAUACUUUUCUCAACAAAACUACAAUAGUAUGUAUGAUAGUGGCGACGAGCCUCUGGUAUUGACCGAAAAUUAUAGGCCCAUAAGUCCACCGGCUGAAUACGCCGAGGACUCGACAGAAGCUCAUAAUGACACAAGACCAAGGUACAAUUAUCAGCGUUCAUAUUCCCACUCCCAUGAGGCCAAUGAUAAAUCAAAAUACACUGCCGCUUCAUACAAUAUUAAUAGUCACAAGUCCCUGCCUGAUUUACACACACAAAUUAAUCGUCAUUCACCACAUAGCGAAAUUUUGAGCUGCUGCAGCCGAGGUAACAGAUCUAUUAAAUCCGCUGGGGAAUCUUCGUUAAAUCGUGAUUCUGGUGGAUCUUCGGGUCACUAUACACACCGUAGUGAGCCAUGCUAUCGGCAACAUCGAGUUGAAUUUGAUCGAGAGGAAAGGGCUAAGAAAUGCUGUAGUGCCACUACACGCGUUGAGUACAGACGAGACAGCGGCUCUUCCACACAACAUAGCAACAAUUCAUAUUGUGACUACUCUUGCAAACCGAUGCACGAAAGUUACGAUUCACCCGAUUAUCUGUUCAAUUUCACUACUCCCGAAGUACCCGAAGCCUUUCAAGAUGACUAUAUACCACCAUCACCACGCUACCAAAGUGAUAACAGUCGCUAUUAUUGUUCCUCGGCCCAUCAAACCCAUGCUAGCCAGAGUUAUAUGAAACACAAAGCAGCAUCCGAUGAACCUAUAAUGCAAUCGCCUGGCUCCCAACCAUCUAUAGAGGACAUUAGUCCACCACCAAUUCAAUUUAAGCGGCAAAAGUGUAUACGCUUUAAGAGGCACAACCGCAUAUCGUUGCCGGCCCAACCCUCAGCACCGCCACACUCGACCAACGAUCAUUCUCAUACAUCUCCUAUGGAUACUUAUAGAAGAUCUGAGCAUCCUCGUUAUUUCUUUCCCAAAUGUUUCUCAGCCGAUGAAUACCAACAGCAGCAGCAUCAUCCACCGCCACAACAUCAACAUUCUCAAUCGCAACAGCAAACGCCACAGAAACCGCCACCGCCAUCACAACAAAUAUCACAACAGCAACAAAUUAAGGAGUUUAGAGAUCAAUAUGCCAAUCAUGCUCUUCGACGUUCUCAGGAACUGUUGCAUACAUCCUCGGAACCACUCAUGGACUUGGAGAAAUUCUUCGAUCGUUUAGGUUUAAAUGAUGACAAAUUUCAUGAAAUCUAUACGUUUUCAAAAAGAAAACACAGUAAUGGCAGCAGUGACGGCAGUAAUAGCACCGUAUUUUUCUCGGACGUUAGUACAGUAGACUCUAUGCGUUUGCCCGAUAGUACCGAGACUCAGCCACAGGCGGCCCAAACCUAUAGGCCCACUGAACCGCCAUCGAUUGUGGAACGUAAUGCACGCAUAAUAAAGUGGUUGUGCAAUAUUCGCAAAGUUCAAAAUGAUGGAAAUUGAGCAGAU